AUGCAGCAGCAUGAUGGGAAUGUUAAAGGGGAGCAGAAGCAUGAUGGGAAUGUUAAAGGGGAGCAGUAUCAUGAUGGGAAUGUUAAAGGGGAGCAGCAGCAUGAUGGGAAUGUUAAAGGGGAGCAGCAGCAUGCUGGGAGUGUUAAAGGGGAGCAGCAGCAUGAUGGGAGUGUUAAAGGGGAGCAGCAGCAUGAUGGGAAUCUUAAAGGGGAGCAGCAGCAUGAUGGGAAUGUUAAAGGGGAGCGUCAGCAUGAUGGGAAUAUUAAAGGGGAUCAGCAGCAUGAUUGGAAUGUUAAAGGGGAGCAGCAGCAUGAUGGGAGUCACAAUGGGAAAGUUAAAGGGGAGCAGCAGCAUGAUGAGAAUGUUAAAGGGGAGCAGCAUCAUGAUGGUAAAGUUAAAGGGGAGCAGCAGCAUGAUGGGAGUGUUAAAGGGGAGCAGCAUCAUGAUGGGAAUGUUAAAAGGGAUCAGCAGCAUGAUGGGAGUGUUAAAGGGGAGCAGCAUCAUGAUGGGAAAGUUAAAGGGGAGCAGCAGCAUGAUGGGAAAGUUAAAGGGGAGCAGAAGCAUGGUGGGAGUGUUAAAGGGGAGCAGCAGCAUGAUGGGAAAGUUAAAGGGGAGCAGAAGCAUGAUGGGAGUGUUAAAGGGGAGCAGCAACAUGAUGGGAAUGUUAAAGGGGAGCAGCAGCAUGAUGGGAGUGUUAAAGGGGAGCAGGGAGCAGCGCAUGAUGGGAUUGUUAAAGGGGAGCAGUAUCAUGAUGGAAAUGUUAAAGGGGAUCAGCAGCAUGAUGGGAGUGCUAAAGGGGAGAAGCAGAAUGAUGGAAAUGGUAAAGGGGAGCAGCAGCAUAAUGGGAAUGUUAAAGGGGAGCAGCAGCAUGAUGGGAAAGUUAAAGGGGAGCAGCAGCAUGAUGAGAGUGUUAAAGGGGAGCAGCAGCAUGAUGGUAAUGUUAAAGGGGAGCAACAGCAUGAUGGGAAUGUUAAAGGGGAGCAGCAGCAUGUUGGGAAAGUUAAAGGGGAGCAGCAUCAUGAUGGGAAUAUUAAAGGGGAUCAGCAGCAUGAUUGGAAUGUUAAAGGGGAGCAGCAGCAUGAUGGGAAAGUUAAAUGGGAGCAGCAGCACGAUGGGAGUGUUAAAGGGGAGCAGCAGCAUGAUGGGAGUGUUAAAGGGGAGAAGCAGCAUGAUGGGAAAGUUAAAGGGGAGCAGCAGCAUGAUGGUAAUGUUAAAGGGGAGCAACAGCAUGAUGGGAAUGUUAAAGGGGAGCAGCAGCAUGAUGGUAAUGUUAAAGGGGAGCAACAGCAUGAUGGGAAUGUUAAUGGGGAGCAGCAGCAUGUUGGGAAAGUUAAAGGGGAGCAGCAUCAUGAUGGGAAUAUUAAAGGGGAUCAGCAGCAUGAUUGGAAUGUUAAAGGGGAGCAGCAGCAUGAUGGGAAAGUUAAAGGGGAGCAGCAGCAUAAUGGGAGUGUUAAAGGGGAGCAGCAGCAUGAUGGGAGUGUUAAAGGGGAGCAGCAGCAUGAUGGAAGGGUUAAAGGGGAGCAGCAGCAUGAUGGGAAUGUUAAAAGGGAUCAGCAGCAUGAUGGGAGUGUUAAAGGGGAGCAGCAUCAUGAUGGGAAAGUUAAAGGGGAUCAGGAGCAUGAUGGGAAAGUUAAAGGGGAUCAGCAGCAUGAUGGGAAAAUUAAAGGGGAUCAGCAGCAUGAUUGA